AAAGAGUUUCGUAGAUGGAGACUGGUGGAGUAUGCUAAUCACAAUAUGCUAAAAGGUACUGUAGAAUAAAGGGGAAGUGAGUCAGAUGGGCAGAGAGUAAUUGGUAGCCUAACAACUGACUAUUCAAUUGGUUCACAUAAUUCCUAAGUAGAGCAAUUUGUGUAACUUUCCUGUCACUCUGAUGUCAUCUAUAAAAUGAGGAAAAUGGACAAAGGGCUUUCUAAGACUCCCUCUAGUUCUGCAGAUUCCAUAAUUAUGAGUUUCCUUUGGAGACAAAUUAUUGUUUAAAACUUUCUAUUGACUUUUAACAUACAUCCAGAAAAGGGCACAAAUCAUUGGUGUUCAGCAUGUAUCCUAUAUCUCUUCUAAAUGUAGAAUGUAUUUACUUAUGUGGUAUUUUGAUUCUUUGAUACACAUUUCAUAAAGACAGGUUCACAUUUGUGGCCACAGUGCUGAAUUCAUGGUUUCUUAGUGUUUGUUAAAUUAGUGCAUGGAAGAAUUUAGGUUAAGUUAGGAUCACAUUUAAGGAGUCUUUGCAAGUGGAAAUACCAUAAAGGGCCUGGUUAAUUUCACUUGACUCACCUAGAAUCCUCUUUGGUUCCUGGGGUUAGUUACCCAUAGUAAACAAUGACUAGGGUCUUGAGCAGAUGUAGAAGCCAAGGUCUUUCGCCCUGGGAGGUAAAGGUAGAACCAUGAGUUACACAGACCCAUUAUAGGCCUCCACAUACCUGGUGUUCUAUAGUGCUUGUGUCUGCCAGAGAAACUUACCAGAGACAUUGAGCACCUGUUCCCCAUAGCAUUGGGGAUGGUCUUACAAGUGAAGUUCUUGUUAAUAUGAGCCUGGGACUUUGAGGAGAGAUUUUAGGCUGGGAGUGCACUCUUGACAGUCAUCUGCAUUAGAAGGUUUGAAAGCACACUUCUGGAAGUGAGCAGGGAAGAGAAUAUAAAGAGCCUUAAAAUCAACAUUUGAGCAUUAGGUGGAAGAGGUAAAGCUUUAAGGACAGUUAGUUAGAUACUGUUUUGCUUUGGAAGAAAAGAAAUAGAGGACAGAAUAACCAGAAGUAUUUGAGGCAGGUAUGCAUAAUAUUCUCUGUGCGCAUCUGUCUCAUAACAAUAGAUCCCAUUAUAAUCAGUCAUUAAUAGACAGGAGUCUAUUACCCAUUUGGCUUUUGGGAUAUUGGCUCCUUGAUUUAUUCAAUAUUUAUCAACACUAAGUAAUUAGACAUGAUUAAAAAAUUUUUUUUCCCAUGUGAUUUACUUGAAUCUGGCAUACAAAAUACACAGAAUAAGAUGGCUUUGUGUCAUUAUUCAUAUCCCUUGUUAACAAUUUUUUUAUUCUGAAGACAAAUACAACAGAUUGUUUAAUUGGCUUGAAGAGCCUGUGCAUUUUGGUGUUAAAUGUGUUGGUCCACACUUAAAAAUAACUUGGCGAUUUUCUAAAAUGUAAGAGCAUUGUGGUAGCUAUCUUGCCUACUGUUAAGUAGCAGUUUAUCUCAGUAAGCUUAGGGAGCCAUUCUGUUAAGAAAUAGGUCUGCCUCAGUAUUGUAAUCACAACUGAAUUUCCUUUUCUUCUUUGCAAAGAAAUUUUUAUAUCAAUAGGCCCUUUUUAAAAAAAAAAAUUGUUUGUUCUCCCUACUUAGUUCUUCCCCAAGUUAUAAUCCUCUGACUGCGCUGAUCUUUCCAAAUCAACUACAUGUGAAGUAACAGAAGUAUGACUGCAGAUUGGAAAAAGUAGAGUAGCUGAAUUUUCAGGCACUAAUAUUCUGAGGGAGCCUGUGUGUUUAGGGGGAUGUGAGCACAUCUUCUGUAGUAAUUGUGUAAGUGACUGCAUUGGAACCGGAUGUCCAGUGUGUUACACCCCAGCCUGGAUACAAGAUGUGAAGAUAAAUAGACAGUUGGACAGCAUGAUCCAGCUUUGUAGUAAGCUCCGGAAUUUGCUGCAUGACAAUAAGCUAUCAGAUUUGAAAGAAGACACAUCUAGGCAAAAUGUAUUCAAUGAUGCAGAAAAUAAGAAGAAUUCAAUAAAAAUGUGGUUUAGUCCUCGAAGUAAGAAGGUCAGAUAUGUUGUGACUAAAGUUUCAGUGCAAACCCAGCCUCAAGUGAUAGAUGAUGGGAACGCUCAGCCGGCCUCAGUGUACAAAUUUGUCUCUACAAGUCCUCCAACAAGUGUUCCUGAGAGGGCUAAAAAGGCUUCCACGAGGUCCAGAAAAAAACAAAAAAAGAAAACUUUAGCUGAAAUCAACCAAGAAUGGAAUUUCGAGGCAGAAAAAGAAGAUGGUGAACCUGACUCCAAAGAGGAAUUUAAGGAAAAGCUGGUGUCUUUCUGUAGCCAGCCAUCUGUUAUUGCUAGUCCUCAGACAAAUGGUGACAUAGACUUACUAGCAAGUGACUCUGUAACCGAAUCGGAGUGUUCUAGAAGCUUAACUGAAGUCUCUUUACCAUUGGCUGAGCAAAUAGAGUCUCCAGAAACAGAGAGCAGGAAUGAAGACGCGACUCCCGAGAAGAAUGCUUGUGUGAAUCAUCUUACAUCUAAGCAGCCCUUGCCAUCAGGUCAUAAUGGGCGACCUGGACGUCGCAGCAGACGGUCCAGUCCCAUUUCUAAGAGAUGCAGAAGCAGCAUUCCUGGCACGAGUGGGCAGCAAAUGCUGCUUUCAGAAAACAAACCACUGCCUGGCUGCUCUUCACCACCUCCAAGCAAACGUAAAGUUGGUGACACAUUAAGGAGGAAAAACAGUAAUAUAUCAGACGAAUCCAUGAGCCUUUCACCAGGUACACCACCUUCUACACUGAAUAGUCCAAGUUACAGACGGAUGAUGUUCAGCCCUUCAGCAAUGAAGCUGUCUCCCGGUAGCCUUACAGCUGUGAAAAGAAAUCAUAGAGGAGAGACUUUGCUUCAUAUUGCUUCAAUUAAGGGCGACCUACCUUCUGUGGAAUACCUCUUACAAAAUGGAAGUGACCCAAAUGUUAAAGACCAUGCUGGAUGGACACCAUUGCACGAAGCCUGCAACCAUGGGCACCUGAAGGUGGUGGAAUUGUUGCUACAGCACAAGGCGUUGGUGAACUCCACUGGGUAUCAGAAUGAUUCACCACUUCAUGACGCUGCCAAGAAUGGGCACAUGGAUAUAGUCAAGCUCUUACUUUCUUAUGGAGCCUCCAGGAAUGCCGUGAACAUAUUUGGGUUGCGGCCUGUGGAUUAUGCAGACGGUGAAAAUAUGAAGUCACUAUUGCUGCUACCAGAGGAGAAUGAAUCAUCAUCAACUCGCCAUUGCUCAGUAACAAACACUGGUCAGCGUAGGGAUGGACCUCUCGUGCUUAUAGGCAGUGGGCUUUCUUCAGAACAGCAAAAAAUGCUCAGUGAGCUUGCAGUGAUUCUUAAGGCUAAAAAAUGUGCUGAAUUCGACAGUACAGUAACUCAUGUCAUUGUUCCUGGAGAUACAGUUCAAAGUACCCUAAAAUGUAUGCUUGGGAUUCUCAAUGGAUGUUGGAUCGUAAAAUUUGAAUGGGUGAAAGCAUGUCUACAAAGAAAAGCAUGUGAACAGGAGGAAAAGUAUGAGAUUCCUGAAGGACCACAGCGAAGCAGGCUCAACAAAGAACAGCUGUUGCCAAAGCUGUUUGAUGGCUGCUACUUCUAUUUUGGGGGAGCCUUCAAACACCAUCCAAAGGACAACCUUGUUAAGCUUGUCACUGCAGCUGGGGGCCAGGUUCUCAGUAGAAAGCCCAAGCCGGACAGCGACGUGACUCAGACCAUCAAUACUGUCGCGUACCAUGCGAAAGCUGACUCCGAUCAGCGCUUCUGCACGCAGUAUAUCAUCUAUGAGGAUCUGUCUAACCAUCGCCCAGAGAGGGUGCGGCAGGGCAAAGUCUGGAUGGCUCCUUCCAGCUGGUUUAUAGAUUGUGUGAUGUCCUUUGAGUUGCUCCCUCUUGACAGCUAAAUAUCGCACCGGAUUAAUGUUUCAAAUUGAAUUUACACAGUGUGAGAACCAGCCAUUGCACUGUUUUCAUCAUAUACAUGUUUACAAAUAGGUAGACUCAUUCAUGCACGUUUUUUCCUUGAAUUAAAAAAGAAAAAAAAAAAAACUUAUGCCAGGUUAGGAAUUCAUUCUGUGUUUGCCAUUUAGAUGCUGAGAUUGCUUUGAAGGAUGUUUCUUUUUAAAACUGGUGUGUGUUUUGAUUCAUCAUGUCUUUUUAUUCAGAUUAUCAGCUAUUAAAGAUUAAGGAGAGAGUUUCAGAACUAUGGGUUAAAUAUACAAGUAGUAUCAUUAUCGUCUCAGCCUUUUAAUGUUCUUUGAUGAAAAAAAAGUCCACACUUGCUGCCACCAGCAAAAAUACUUCCCAUCCUUUGGUGAACAAGGAAUAUUGUCAAAUAAUUGAUUCUGGCUUUAUUGUAAUGAGAGUAGAGUACCUGGUCCGAAUGUACCACCACAGGUGUUAAAUUCUUCUGUCUACAAUUGUCGUCAUCUUACGAUGUGUUUAGUUUCUUAUAAUGUACGUGGAUGUCAGUUCCUACAUUUUUAUCUCUUUUUAUCUGUUCAUCAAGAAAUCAUGACUUAAACCAUAACAUUAUUCUUUGGUGGUGAAAACAUCGGGCUUAUGGUACAUAUUUUUAUUGUAUAUACUUGCUUAUUGUUAGCUAUCACUUUGUAACUGUGUUUCUCUACAGUAUAUGUAUGUAUAGAUACACUUAGAGUAUAUGUAUGUAUAUACACACUUAUAAAUACAUAUACACACUUAGAGCAUUUUCUUUAACACAUUUUAGUAUCAAUAUUGCUUAGAAGGUCUUACUAGACUAGCAAAUUGUCAAUCAAAUAUUAACAAAUUAGGAACCAGUCUUUCUCUGGUAGACCUUGCUGUAUAUGCUAAAAUAAUUGUUUUUGAAGGUCUUAAUUUCUUUUUCUGUAAAGUUUUUUUUUUUUUUUCCCCACUUUAGAUUGCUGUGGAGGCAGAAGUUGGGGAUUACUUGAUUUAGAACAGAUUUUUGUCCAUGUGAUACAUAAGGCUCUAACAGUAAGUCUAAGGGUAGGAGUGGGAAGGACUUACUUCUAAUACCAAGACAGAUAAGGUUUGAUGAGAAGAGUGGACAGGACACCACCUGAGAACGGGAGGCCUGGGGGAGGUUGCUCUGAUUGAAGUGUUCUCAUUUGUGAAUGAAUCGACAAGGUAAAUGAGAUCAUUUAAAAAUAUUCUUUAAGAAGUAGAAUUCUUGAGUAAGUCUCCCUAGAAAUUGAAUCUAGUGCUAAUAUUAAAGACAUAGGAAGGGAGACACUGUGGGCCCGGCCAGGUUUGGUCCCUGGUGGACUAGAGAACAGUUUAAGUCCUGGAUGAGAAUACUGAGAGUGUGAAGUUAAUAAACCUAUUAAAGUUCAUUUAUUUGUAAGUUUGAGAUUCUGUGGAUUAUUUAAAAAUAAGUUUUACUGUAAUUCCUCUUUUGACAUGUUACUUUUCCAUAUCAAGAAAUACACUAUGUAAAUGCAGUGAUAAACUAUGGACCCUGACCUUCAAGGAUGAAUCGGCUCUGAAAAAGCUCUCCAACCAGUAAUGUGUUUGUCCCACAUUUCAUCCUAAUGGAGAAUGAUGAACACCAUAGCACCAAACAAAUCUGAGGGGUUAGAUAAUGUCUGGAUUACAUAAUUUAAGACUCUCUGGGAUUUGGGUUGUCAUUUUUGACUUAUAACUGACUUUUAGUCACUUUCUAUUGCCUCAUUGGUCACAUUUCCUAGACAGGUUUGUGUGUGUUCCUCUGAUUCGAAUCCCUGUUUGUGAAACAACUUUGACGGUUGCCGCUCACUCUCCUUCAGUCAUUUUCUGGGUUUAUCCUCCCUCUCCCUUCGUUCUACUAUGUCUACCACUAUUAAGCAGUUGUUUUGUAGUUUUUCUUUGGUUUCUUUAAAUAUAUUUUGACAGCAGUUGGUUGAUGUUAAGCUGUUAAAUCUUGUGAUUUCCGUAUAGAUACUUGUAACUGUUUCCAUUUUUUGAUCAUAGAUUCCAGCUUCUUUUUUAUUUACUACAAAUCAUUAAAGUUAUUUGUGUUUCUGUG